AAAAGGUGUCAUCAGACCCAAACGCGCAUUUAACUUCACUCAUUAGUUAGCCCACAUUCCUCUCACACAUUUACUGAACACACUGAGCAUGAACCCGGGGGACACGUAGUAGAAACGCCGCCAAGUCGUUUCAAUAAACUUCUGUCGGGCGACUACUUUUUUUUUUUUUUUUACCUGAGGGACAAUCUAUGCCGAGAUUGGGUAUUUGAGAGAUGGGCUCUGAAAACCCAGAGGACUUUGGGCCAGCUGUGAUCCUCCCCGAAGAAGAUCAGCAAGAAAUAGGAGGCCUGAUCAACUCUGAUGGUGAAGAAGUGGAUUUCUCAGAUCUCAGAGUGAGCGCUAUCCCCGGCAUUCUACCCGCAGAUGUUCCCUCAAAAACAUUUGAUCAAAGUGAGAAUGAAAAACCACCGUCUCUGCACAGCUGCUCAGUAUGUGGGAAAGACUUUCCUUACGCCUCUAAACUUCAGCGCCACCUACGUACUCACUCAGGAGAGAGGCCUUUCCCCUGCUCCAUGUGUGAAAAGAGAUUUCCAGAAAAGGGGCUUCUCAUGAUCCAUGAAAGGGUGCAUACUGGAGAAAAGCCCUUCUCAUGCACUUUCUGCGAGAAAAGAUUUGCCAGUCAGGGGGAGCUCCGGCUACACCGGCGGACACACACAGGAGAGAGGCCGUAUCACUGCUCCAUCUGCCUGAAGAGCUUUUCUCGUCACUGGCACCUGAAGACGCACUUGGAGGCGAUGCAUUCUGAGGUUGUUGCAGGCUUUACGAGAAAGAAGUUUCCUUGUUCUGAUUGUGAAAAGAGCUGUAACUCUGCAGCCGAGCUGAGAGAUCAUCAGAGGACUCAUACUGGAGAGAGGCCCUUCCAGUGCUCGUUCUGUGACAAACGCUUCGCCUUAUCAGGUACACUUGUGAGACAUGAGCGUCUCCAUACUGGCAUUACACCUUACCACUGCUCUGACUGCGGGAAGACAUUUGCACAGCAGUGGACGUUGACAACACACAUGCGGACUCACACAGGAGAAAAACCAUACAGCUGCACACAGUGCGACAAGUCUUUUGUAGCUCCUGGAGAGCUUCGGAGGCAUACUAGAAUUCACACUGGAGAAAAGCCGUACACAUGCGCGGACUGUGGGAGGCACUUCUCACUGGCAGGCACUCUCAGAAACCACAAACGGUCAUGUACUCAGAGCAAGAAUGAACCAGUCACAGGUGUCGUCUCAGGUCUAGUUCAAGCUGCAGUUGGCGAAUCAUCCCAACAAGAUCUGGCCAGCAGCAUCAGCUCUGAGGUGGUUGACAACGAGAGUUUGGCAAGUGCAGCUGAGUCCCAUCCCUCCGAGAAGCUAAACUGUGACACAGCUGCUCGAUGUGAGAAUAACCAGAGAGAACCAGUUGCCCAGCAAGAGGACACCGCUUCUAGUCCACAUAUGAAUGUAAUAGUGAAAGAGGAGGAAGAGGAGGAGCCUUUGUGUGAAGAAACUCCAGACCUGGUGUCUGCUGGUGAGGAUUGUACCGCGCCAGAGGAAGCUGGAGAACGGCAUCAGGAAACGAACACAGAAAUUAGGAUUACAGUAAAGGAGGAAGAAGAGGAACCUGUCAACAUGUCUGGGGAAGAGCCUAAUCACAUCAUGGACAGUGAAAAAGAUAGUCCUCCAGCAUCACCAGUGCAGGAGCAGUGUAACAUCAAUGUGACAAAGAGCUCUUACUGCUGUGGGCUGUGUGGAAGGGACUGUCAUAAGAUGUCUGCUCUUCAGAUCCACAUGCGAAUUCACUCGGGAGAGAAACCGUACCAGUGCUCUCUGUGUGGGAAACAGUUCACCCAGAAAGGUCAACUGAAAGGCCACUAUAAAGUUCACACAGGAGAGAAACCAUUCUCCUGCCCAGACUGCGGCAAGAGCUUCGCCCACUCAGGGGCCAUGAACAGACAUCGACUCACCCACACUGGAGAGAGGCCCUAUCACUGCUCUGUAUGCGAAAGGAGCUUCAACCAGUCUGGCCGCUUGAGGGAACAUGAAAAAAUUCACUUUGGGGAGAAGUUUGACUGUUCAGAGUGUGAAAAGAGUUUCACACGAGCUUCAAGCCUCAAGAACCAUUUCAGACUUCACACAGGAGAGAGACCGUAUUGCUGUGACAUCUGUGGGAGAGGCUUCAGCCGAUCUCAAAGUCUGAGGCUCCACAAACGAAAGCACGACCAGAUUCAGACUGAAGAGGAGUCUGUAGUCAGUGUGAAGAACGAUGACUUCUCGCAGAGUGACGAUAACUCUCCAAUCAAUAUGUGUAUAACAGACAAAAAUGACUGAUGAUGUAUUUAUAUAACCAUAUACGUAACAGUAGUAUUACUACAAGGAUUUAGGCAGUAAAAGAUGAACUAAAUGAGGAGAAAGUAAGGGACUACCUCUGUGAAUAGACCGCCAUUAAACUUUUAUGUGGUGAUUCACGCUGAAAGUAUUAAUGCUAAAAUAAUAAACUACCAGAACAGUGCAGACAAAUUGAAUAAACAGACACAUGCCAGGUAAUGUUCAGCAACUAACAGUUUCUUGUAGUUUCAGACAAAACAGCCAAACAAUUAUUAUACACAAACACAGUUUUUGUAAAAUCAUGGAAACUGUUUAAGCGAUCAAUUUUAGCAGUCAUAUUUAUUCUGAUUUACCACUCUUUACCUUUCUUAGAUGCAUUGGAAUAUUGCACUCACGUUUAGAGUUUUAUGGUAGUAGAAGUGACUCAUCUACGGUCUGUGACUUCACUUUUAUCAUGCAGUAAUUGUCAUCAAACUAAUGGUGUAUGUGGAAAUUGAACUGAAGAAUAAUUGUUUUUAUAUCAGGCAUUACGGUGGCCAUUGGGCAGGUUAACAAUCAGGUGACCCUGGAAUUCAUUCUUUGGGAAAUUUGGCCAGUAUCAAAAACAAAAUCAUGAAAUGCAAACCAUUGCACAUCAAUGGUGAAAAGGUUUCUGUUUUGUGCAGCAGUUAUUUGUAGGGCUGGUCUGAAUAGCAAUUUCUGAUCUCCGGACAUUCGGUCCCAAUUAAUGACGAAUAUCCUGAAUAUUCGGUAUUCAUAUUUGGAAUAUUUGGCUACACAGACCAGUUUCUGUGUUUAGGUUAGCGGUGACCGUUCCGUUUCCGCAGCGGGAUAUUCGGAGAUCCAGUUUGAUAUCCCGAUUCCAGCACAGCGAACGAAUAGUCGGCUAUUCGGGCCCAGCCCUAGCAAAUUGUGAAUCAGGUUCACCUGGUUUUGACUAGUCGGAAAGGCCAAGUAACUUUGUGAGUAAAGGAGUCAUCCUUCAAGGCUGUGACAUAAAAAGUGAACAAUAUGAAGCCAUGUGGAUGGUAUUUUUUUUCCAGUGCUGCCUCUGUCUAAUUGUAUGGGACAUUAUACUGAACAAUAAAAGUACUAAAGACGA